CAAAAAGUAGUGACUCAUAACCCUUUAGUAGCAGACUGACAGAACAGUUUACCUUCUGCAGUUCCUCCAGGUUUUUCUGCUGAGGGCUCUGAGAAAGCAAACGUGAGAUGUUCUCCAACAGCAGGGCUGUGUGAGCCCACUGAACCUCACAAUGCUGCUCUCUCCUGGAUGUAUGAAGAUGACAGAGUGGAAGAUACCAGGAUCAGGAAAUCUCUUGAUGGCUUCUACAAAAUGUAUUGCAAAAAACAUCCAGACAGAUUGGAUCCCACCUAUGAGGCUGCAUCACAAUGUCUGUCACAGAAGAUUUCAGAGCUAGCAAACCAGGAUGGAACAAAAUAUGUGUCACGUUGCCUGCAAAUGGCCCAGGUGGUCUUGAACAGAGAUGGAUGUAAAAUCUUUCCAAACCACCCUACCACUCCCUGUUUUUCAAAGCCAGCUGAGGGAGAAGUUGUCUUGGAAGAAAGAAAGAGAACACCUGGACUCUCAGAUGAUGUCCUGCAAUUCCUCAUGAAACAAACACAGACAGAACAUAGCCCUGACCUGCCACAUGACAAGUGAACAAGAUGUGGUUUGUUCCUGUCAUUAGAGCUUGGCUUUCCUUCCAAAAAGAGGUGACUAUCUUGGAAAGACACUCUUAGCAUCACAUUCAACACCACAUACUCAUUCCAUGGAGAGGUUCAUCUGGAGUAACCCUUGCCACCUUGACCUCUGCAGGGCAGCACCAUGUAAGGAGCAUAUGUGGUCCUGUGUAACUGCUUGGGGUGUGUUGGCUACUUGGGAUGGGGUGAUGGGUGAUACAGGGUCUGUUGCUGGGACAUCAAACAUGAUGAUUUCUACAUAGAAGGCUUUUAAACUAACCUGUAUCCCUACCCCAUCUGAACACUGGCACAGCCCAAAUUCAGCCCCCUGUGUAGGCAUGGAUGUCCAAGUGCUGUUGACUGUAACAGACUGAUUGAACCAGGUUGGCACAGUACACUCCAAACCUAGGGAGGAAACUUGAAGAUUUUGUUCAGUACCUGAUUGACACUGUCAUACCUUUCCCUUCACAGGGUGCCUGAAAGCUAUGUGUGUUUGCCAACAGCCAUAUGACCACACAGAUCAUGAUUAUAAUGUAGGUGAGCAUUUUUUGACAGAAAAAACGUGUGUGCAUGAGAGAGAGGAAAUAAAGCUUCUGAGUAGGUUCUUUUUUUUUUUUGUACACUGGAGGAAUAAAAA